AUGGUUCAAGGGAGUGCAGCGGAUUCGAGAAUUUUGCGCGAUGCCCUCACACGGCAAAACGGGUUGCAGGUGCCUAAAGGACAUUAUUACUUAUGUGACAAUGGGUACGCUAAUAGCGAGGGAUUUCUUACACCGUACAAGGUGAAAAUGCGUUGGGGGAUCUUGAGAAGCACUACGUUCUACCCUAUGAAGACCCAGAACCGUCUAAUCAUGUCGUGCUUCAUCUUGAAUAAUUUCAUCAGAGCAAAGAUGCCCAACGAUCCUAUCGAGCAUGAAUUUGAUAAUGCAACUACAAACAAGCAGGAUGAUGUUGAGUUUGAGGGUGAAUUCAUAGAUGGAAUAGAGUCGUCUCCACUGUGGAAUGCGGAGCGAGAUGCAAUUGCCCAAGCCAUGUGGCUCAACUACUUAGAAAACAUUUGA